UGUGAGUGAGAGGGUGCAUGAGGUCAAUGUUUACAACACAGAUUAUCGUAAAAGGUAAUGCAGCCCAUGUCAUGUCACCUAUACUAUCUAUCCACCAUUUUAGGUUGAACUGAUAGCUUUUAAUACACCACUUACCUUUACUUUUUCAUGUAUUAUAUUAAAUCUUUAAAACAAAAUGAAUAUGGCAUUACGUGCUUUCAAUGGGAGGAGUCUCUCUUCUUGUGUUUUAAUUGGCUGUCAGCUAAAGCGCAGAGAAGUGUGAGUAUCUGUAAUUAUAUUCAGCAUGUUUGCACAAGAAAUGUCAGCCAGAAGGCUAUCCUCAUCCUCCGUCAAAUUAUACGCCAACGAUGUCAUGCUCUGACAACCAAAGUGGAAACUCGUUUUUAGUGGACUCCUUAAUCCACGGACGAACCGAGAGCGGUGCCUCAUACUACCAAAGUAACGGCGUGUAUUUGUCACCAGGCUCCGAGUACUCUUAUGGACUACCCAACCGCGCUUUUUUUCUCGGCAGUAAACGCAACGAGAGCAAUUCUCAAACUAUGGUACCCUCAUCUGGCCCAUAUCACAUAUCAAGGAUGGAAACAUGGCUAGAGACUUCGAGAUCUUGUCGAGUAGAUCAGCCGAACAACCAGCAAACUGCUCAUUGUUCAUUCUCUCCGAGCAUCAAAGAGGAGAAUGCGUAUUGCCUGUAUGAAUCAGAGAAGUUUAAAGGGUCAUCAACGACGGAAGACAUUUCCUAUUCCCGGUUAACACCGGGAUCAUGCCCGGUUACAAACAGCACCGUGCCUGUUCCCGGUUACUUCCGCCUGUCUCAGACAUAUACCUCUUCAAAGGUGUAUCAAGACGUUCCGAACCCACAGCCUACUCACUUCGCUCUACAACGUCCGGCCCGUUUCGACACCUCACCGCCGUCUCCUACCCCGGUGGUGGAUACAGGCAGGAGGGAGAGUGAAGCACUGCCUGACCCACCGCCAUGUGCUCCGGAUGAGGCACCCGGCACGUCUGUAGAUGGUUUGUCCUCCGCCGAACCCACCGAGAGCUGUGCAGAAAGUCCAGACAAACCCGUUAAAGGAGGUGGAACAUCUGAAACCAAAGCUAACUGGCUGACAGCGAGGAGUGGCAGGAAAAAGCGUUGUCCCUACACCAAGCACCAGACUCUUGAGCUAGAGAAAGAAUUUCUCUUCAAUAUGUACUUGACUCGUGAGCGUCGCCUGGAGAUCAGCCGCAGCGUCCACCUGACAGACAGGCAAGUCAAAAUCUGGUUCCAAAACCGAAGAAUGAAACUGAAAAAAAUGAGUCGGGAAAACAGGAGCUAUCGGGAGCUAGCGAACAACUUGAGUUUUUCGUGAGACAUUCGUGCCGUAUUUGCUCCCUCCUCCAUCAAUGGCCAGAGCGCCUUCUUUGAGAAACCCUUGUCGUGUGAAUAUGACCGUGUAGGUUAGGGCUACUAUUGCUAACUUAUUGAUAUGUCGUUUGGUUGACAUUUUACCUGAAUACGUCUCUGUUUAGUUUGUCGUGGUUAUGUAUUUAUACUGUCAUAACAUAUGGUUGCUCCCUUUAUGUAUAUACCAACAGUUACUAUAGAAAUGGAACGACUUAAGUGUUCCAGAGCUGCACAAUAUCGGCAUUCGUGGUACAUAAUACAUGUAUAUAGCCACCUUUGAGGGACGCAUUGACAUCUGUGCAUGCUGGAAUAGCUCUUGGGGAAAUGUUAGUAACCUGUAGCAAUAUAGGCCUACGUUACGUCAUGGCUAAGAGCCUCGAUGGAUUUGAUAUUUAAUAUCUGCACAUUUCGCUGGUAUUAUAGCCAUAUAUACUAAAAGCAUCACACAAAACUAUUUUGUUAAGGUUUUUAUUUAUACACAAGAAACUUAUCUGAGACUUGUAAAUAUUGUUUACAGUUUGCCUUCUCGUAUUUUUAUUAAUAUUUUUAUUGUUCUCUCCAACCCGUUUUAAUAAUAUUGCCCAUAUUGUCAUUGCUGUUGUCUAUAGAGAGACUAUACUGUGAAAUGAAUUGAUAUGUUGUCUGUUGGCCUCACUAAGUAAGUCAAUAAAAACAUGGCACGUUUU